UUCAUUCCGAAUCGGCAAAAUAUUGGAAGUUUUGUGUGUAGCACGCUUCAUUUAAAACAAUUUUUACAUUUAUUUUAAUACCGUGAUAUAUAGUUUUUUGUUUUUGCUCUCUUAAAACAAAAUAGAUAUACACAUAAUAGUCCAAUAUGAAUUCAAAAGUGAUUUGCUUCUUUGUGCUUAUUGCCGCUGUUCACUCAGCUCCACAACUUCCAGCGGCCCGUUAUCCAGCUGGCGUUAAUCCAGCAUUAUGUCCAGGAUUUCCAAUCUGUGACAAUUCGUUGUUGCACGGACAGGCACCAGUUCCGGCUGCCUACUCAGCCCCCGCAUGGAAUCAUGGUGCACAAAGUUACGCCUAUCAAUCUGCACCAGCAUAUAACCAAUGGGACGCUCCAGCUUUGAACGAUUACUCAACAAAUGACAUCCAAGGACCAGGCGGUGACAAAUACCCAGCCGGCGUUAAUCCAUCGGCCUGCCCAAAUUAUCCAUACUGUGACACCGGUGCCGGUGUUUACCCUGGUGCAUAUGCUGCUGCUCCAUUGCCAGGAUACGUUUCACGGCAAUAUCCAGCUGGUGUCAAUCCUGCUGCUUGUCCAAACUAUCCAUACUGUAACUAAGUUAUAGUUCAGGAUCUGAACAUAUCUAUGUUCAAAAAUAGUUACUACUUGCUUUGCUGUUGAUUUCACAACUUUCUAUUUCCUUCAAUAUUUCGCAUUUCUAUCUGUGUCUUGUUACUAACAUUCUAUCUUUCUAUUCUAUUCAAUUUCUAUUCUAAUUUAAUAUGUGUUUCAUCAGUAGUAGUCGAGAAAAAAAGCUUUCAUUUCAAAAGUGCCAAAUCUCAAAUGCCUACCAAUUUUUUUCGACGACGACUUUAACUUAGAUAAUCAGCUAAAUGGAGAUUUCAUUGAAGCUAAGCAAAACUAAAAGUGCGACACACACACAUACAAUGUUUCGACAUAAACGAAAAUACUCAAGGAAUACUCUACGCUCAAUUUUUAAAAUUAAGACAAUCAAAAGUGAUUUGGACGAAAAGAAAAAAAAAAUGUUUGCAAGCGAUAAAAACAACAACAACUGGAAAUCAUCAUAAAACUGUGUUCUAUAUAAACAUAUUUUCGAAUUUGAUGGAAAUGCACAUUUUCUCAUAAAAUGUUUUCUAUCCAUCUCUUGAUUUGAUAACAAAUAAAUAUCCACAAUUCUCUUUUCCCUUUCUCUCGUCACUCUUAGCAAAGUGAACAUAUUACAAAACAUCCGAUCUAUUUUCACUUUACUUCACUUUAUGUUACAAGAUUAUUACUUUUUUUGCCUGCCACAACUUAAACUGUCUCUACGUCACUGUAACUAACACACAUACACACAAAAAUAAAACGAUAUCAAAUGCUCAAUAGAUUUUUAAGCAACAAAAUAGAAGCAAAUUUAUUUUCAAAAUAAACAAAAACAACACACGUCAUUUCACUU